AUGUGCGGUAUUUGUUGUGUUGUUGCCUUGUCUAGUCAGCAUACCAUUUGUGAUGCCUUCAGUGAGGAUCUGUACUGCCGUCUUAGAAGAAGAGGACCAGACAGCAGCCAACAGUUGAUAAAGACUGUGUCCGAGCCAUCCUACGAGUGUCUUUUUUCUGGCCAUGUGCUUCACCUGAGGGGACUGAUGACUCCUCAGCCUCUGGGAGAUGUCAGUAACAAUAUUUUGCUUUGGAAUGGAGAAAUUUUUAAUGGAGUGCACGUGGGAGAUUCAGAGAAUGACACUGAAGUUAUGUUUCGUCAUCUUGCACUAUGCAGUAGUGACGCUGACUUCUUAUCACUCUUCUCAUCACUUCGGGGUCCGUGGUCUUUCAUUUAUUAUCAAGCAUCUGGACACAGCUUAUGGUUUGGUAGAGAUUAUUUUGGUCGUCGUAGUUUGCUUUGGCAGUUCAGUGAUGUGAGUGAUAGUGUUUUCUGUCUCACAUCUGUAAGUGUGAAUUUGGAAUCUUGCAACCGAUGUCAAGAAGUCCCAGCAUCUGGAAUUUUCAAAAUUGAUCUCAAGGGCUGUGUGACAACUAAAUCAUUGUCUUUAACGUUGUUUCCAUGGAAGUACAGUUGCACAGAGAAAAUUGAAGAAGAAAUAUUCAUUGAUAUUCCGGAUCAAGUUUCAAAAGACUUACCAGAUCACAUCACUGUUGUGAUGAAUGAGUCAAAACUGUGUCUCAGCACACCAGUAACGCCCUUCAACAGAACCAUUUCUGAAGCCUCAGCUGAGUGUGCAACCACUGAUAGUAGCAACGCGAGCCACGUGGUUUCCAUAGAAACUCUUCAGGGAUAUCUUGCAGAGGAGCACAAGAGAAAACUAGUCCAUCAGUUCAUUGAUGUUUUAGAUGAGGCAGUAAGGAGACGAGUUUUAUUACUAGUUAGAGGUGAAGAUCAGAGAACAAGAGAAGUUGAGGGUGUCUUUCCUGGGAAGGCUCAUGUUGCAGUGCUCUUUUCUGGUGGCGUUGAUUCUAUGGUUAUUGCAGCCCUUGCUGAUCGACAUGUUCCCUUGGAGGAACCAAUUGAUCUUCUCAACGUAGCUUUCAUGCCAAAAGAACAAACUAAGCAAACAGGUACCCCUAAAAACUGUAUCGGCCAGGAAAUGCAGCUUGAUUUGCGUCGUGUUCAAGAAAAUCAGGAAGAUCUUGAUGCUAAAACUGGUGAUCGUGUAUCUUGCUUUGAUGUUCCUGACAGAAUUACUGGUAGGGCGGGACUGAAAGAAUUAGAAGCCCUUAACCCUUCAAGAACCUGGAACUUUGUGGAAAUUAAUGUCACACUAAAGGAAUUGCAAGAAAUGAGACAACGAUUCAUAAAUCACUUGAUUUAUCCUCUGGAUACAGUUUUGGAUGACAGCAUUGGCUGUGCAAUCUGGUUUGCUUCCAGAGGAGAGGGCUAUAUUCGUAAGCAAGGAGAAAUGAAACCAUACAGAAGUCCUGCAAAGGUGGUGCUUACAGGAAUUGGAGCAGAUGAACAGCUUGCUGGGUAUUCCCGGCAUCGCGUUUGCUUCAGAAAAUGUGGCCUAGAAGGUCUGAAUAAGGAGCUUGAAAUGGAGUUAGGUCGCAUUUCUUCUAGGAAUCUUGGUAGAGAUGACAGGAUUAUUGGUGAUCAUGGAAAAGAAGCCAGGUUUCCCUUUAUUGAUGAAGAUGUCGUUUCGUUCCUCAACUCACUGCCCAUCUCAGAAAAAGCAGACUUGACUUUACCUCGAGGAAUUGGUGAGAAGCUGAUUCUGCGCCUUGGAGCCGUGCAACUUGGCCUUAAAGCUUCAAGCAUUCUGCCAAAAAGGGCUGUACAGUUUGGAUCUCGGAUUGCAAAACUGGAGAGCAACAAUGAAAAAGCACACCACACAUGCAGCAGACUGAAGUUAUUUUAGUAGAUGAAUUAUAAAGCUAUAUCUGAAGAUAUUAUUUAUCCUAUUUGUAAAUUCAGUAAAUCUUUGGGAUUUUUUUAAAAA